AUGGCUCGUUCUUCCGCUAGACGUCCCGCUCCAAGACCAGCUCCAAGAGCUGCUCCUCAACAGGCCAGACAUGCAUCCACUGCCCCAGCUGUUCAACACCAGGCUCCUCCAGUAACCCACGCUCAACCUCAACAGCCAGGUAUGUUCGCCCAGAUGGCUUCUACCGCUGCUGGUGUAGCUGUAGGUUCUACCGUCGGUCAUACCAUUGGUGCCGGGAUAACCGGAUUGUUUGGUGGAUCGUCCUCUGCUCCAGUUGAGCAACAGCAACAACUUCCAGCUGAACAACAAUACGCAUCAUCCGCCCAAGUCAACCAAGAGGCAGCCCGUGCCUGUGACGCUGAUGCUCGUAACUUCACCAGAUGUUUGGACGACAACAACGGAAACUUCCAGAUCUGCGACUACUACCUUCAGCAGCUCAAAGCUUGUCAGGAGGCUGCCAGACAGUAUUAG